AUGGAUAGAGCCCCGAUUCCGCAAAAGUGUCCUCUACCACCAUUUGAAUGUUACGAUGGGUCCAGCGAUCCCGCAUCCCACCUUCGUUAUUAUAACCGCGUGUUAGCACGAUGGGAUCAAGACGACGUGGUACUCUGCAGAUAUUUCCCCUUCAGCCUCAAAGUAUCGACACUAGUAUGGUUUGAUUACUUACUACCAAACUCCAUCAACUCAUACAGCCAACUAACCGAGAAAUUCUUGAGGACGUACAUGUACAAUAAAACUGUCAACGCUGGAAUGGAUAAGCUUUUCUCAUUAGCCAUCGGGUACAAUGAAACUAUCAAGGAAUAUACUGACAAGUGGCAUAAGAUCUGUCAGGCAAUUGGGAACGUGGAUCCGGUAGUCAUGAUCAACUUCUAUAAGUGGGGAUUAGACAUGAUGAGUCCUCUAUUCGUCGAAAUUCCUGGAAGUGUUCCCACAACCGACGGAGAUCUCCAGAUAAUCAUCGAAAAGCAUACCAAUUUAGAGGAGAGUCAACGGGAAAAUCCUAGAGCUCAAACCCAAAGACCUCAUCGUACCAAUUCGGUAGGGCAAGCCAGCGGGUCCAAGCGAAGCUAUUCAAUGGAUCGUUCCAAUGAAGAAAGAAGAGGACGAAAUAGGACUAGCGACGUGAUGAUCGGAAAUCCGAAGAUCAAGUUUUCACCAAACUCAAGUCAGCUACAGUCGAGUUCUGAGAGAAAUCAAGGGUCGAAAAAUUUGGAAUGGCCAUGGUCCAAGGGAAAGCAACCACCAAGAUCUGAAAAUCGAGAGAAUACUGUGAAUACCAUUGCUUCAAUGGCCAUCAAAAUGAGAAAUGAAAAGAUCUCAAGAUUAUGA